UUCCUAUGUAAGUAGGUUAAAGGUCGUGUUGCUGUUGUGACUGAACGCAGGGCUGGCAGCAAAUCUAGACCACACUACAAUUAAAUGAAAUUAUUACAACAUGCGAUAAGAGAAAUGAAUUUUCCGAGACUUCGAAUCAACCGAAUAUAAUCGCAAAAUGAUUCAGUGAAGCGCUCGAAACAGCACGUGAAGGACACCUGCUGGUCACAACGAAAAACUCCACUCAAAAAUGAAGAAGAAGAUUGUCACGUGACUGGAGUGUUUGUUCCCGUGAUCAGCUGUGAGAGAGUCAGAGCACUGAUGGAUCAGCUGGAGCUCAGCUCACACACACUACAGUCAGACUCAGGUAAUGCAUUACACUUCCAGCAGCUCAGGGCUCGAGCAAUGCAAACUACUGCAGAAAGUCAUGACAAAUCUGUCAUGCAUGCAGGACAUUUCAUGCACUGAACAAGAAGUCUGUCUGCCGUCACAAAUAUCAAGAAAAGAAAGUUGUACAAAUAGCUGAAGGUGUGGCAGCCAGUGUUCCUCAUCCUUUAUCUUAUGUGGAUAGCAACAUUCACAUCAGUUUCAUACGAAAAAUACCGGUGGACAGGUGACGUAUCGGGUGAUUCCGGUCUCAGAUCAGCGACUGGAGAGUAGAGGUGAAGUGAAGGCUGGUUAAUGUGGUCUCUGCAUCCAACCUCACUAAAUCCCAGCAGUAAUGAAGACAGUCCUGCUGGAGAAGAUACUGGAGAGAAGACAGCCACGGCUAUGUCCACACAGACAGCAGCUGACCCUACACUCACACAAACAGCAGGUCAAUUCUACGUGAUGAUGACUCCUUCAGAUGUGCUGCAUUCUGCCUCUCAGCGGACUUUAGCUCCACAUAUGUACACUGUAGGUGAAUACAGUUCACAACAGCAUGAAGGUUUUAACUGGAAAAUGGACAGUCUGCGCACUCCAAGAGACGAGAGGAGAAGAGCACAACAUAAUGAAGUUGAAAGGCGACGGCGAGACAAAAUCAACAACUGGAUUGUGGCACUCUCGAAAAUAAUCCCAGACUGCAGCAUAGACGGAGCCACCAAGACUGGAGCGAGUAAAGGUGGGAUCCUGUCAAAGGCGUGUGAUUACAUUGGCGAGCUGAAGCAACAUAACCAGCGGCUACAGGAGAGUUUGAGAGCAGUGGAGAGAGUGCAGAUGGACAAUGAGCUGCUCAGACAGCAGCUGGAGGAGCUCAAGAGCGAGAACGGCCUUCUGCGAGCGCAGCUGGAGCAUCACGGCAUCGACACGAUCACAGACGCCUCGGCACAAUGAGCCUCAGACAUUCUGGGAAAGAGAUUCUGGCCAAUCCAGAUGACAAA